AUGGCAUCCGACAUUCCGACCCCGGCCCCCGGCAAGUACGAGUGGCUCGUCGUCGUGCCAGACAAGCCCGGCAUGAAGGCCAAGAGGCUCGAAGUCAGACCACAGCACUUCGCCGGCCUCAAGGUGCACACGGACUCGGGCGCCUUCAAGACGGGCGGCGCCUACUUCCACACCAAGCCCGAGGACGGCAGCGACCCGUCGGAGUGGGACUUUGCCGGCAGCACCAUUGUCAUCGAGGCCGCCUCGCGCGACGAGAUUGUCGACAUACUCAAAGGGGACAUUUACGCCACCAGCGGCGUCUGGGAUGUCGACAACGCCCAGAUCCUUCCGGCCAAGUUCGCGUUCAGGAGAUUGUGA